AAUGCUGCUCUACUCAAUUUCCCCCAAAUAAAUAGGCCUAUGCAUAACCCCCAUUUUCUUCAUUCCUUCUCCUGUGAUUUAUAAGCUUUAUAUUCUGCCCUGUGUUUCUUCCUUAAUCACCAUUCUACCACUCUGGUUGUGCUACCCGCUGCUCACCGGAAAAUAUCGUACUCCCUUCUCAAUUUAAGUGUCACUUUUUUUUUUAUAUGUCGAGAAAAAAAUUUCUCUUUUUAUUUUUAGCAAGUUGACAAAUAUCGCAAGUUCAAAAUCAUAAGAUUUAAAUGAUAUUUUAUUAUAUUACACACAUCUUUAAUCUUUCAAAAGUUUCUUUUUAUUCAAAUUUUAUGCACAACCAAACUAAGACACUUGAGUUGGGGACGGAGAGAGUAUUUUCUACACUGUGAUGGCAUCUCCGAGAAGUCACCGGAAACUAAUCGAUGAGAAGAAUCGAAAAGGAAAGUUAUCGGAGAAAUUCAUGUCGUUUCAAGGAGAUAUUUCAGGGACCGUUUCGGAGAUGUCACGAAGGCCUAGAACUGUUCCAAACUUGUUUUCCGGCAUGGGACCGAACGCCGGUUCUCUCCCGGAGUUGCAGGUUAGGCCGAAAUUGACGAAGUUGCUGUUGAAUGUUACGAUUCAGAGGAGUCUAGGCGCCGUACAGGUGUUGAUAUCACCGGAAUCAACCGUAGAUGAUCUAAUCGCCGCCGCUAUACGGCAGUACUCGAAGGAAGAAAGACGUCCAGCACUUUGCUCCAUGGAUUCCUCCGGUUACGGUCUUCAUUACUCGCAGUUCAGCUUAGACAGUUUGGACGGUGCAGAGAAGCUGAUGGCGUUGGGAACAAGAAACUUCUUUUUGUGCCCCAAAAAGUUAGGCCCUGAAACUUCGAUGUGCGGUGACUUAACUGCGUCAUCUUCGAUAUGUAAAAAACAAGCUGACAUUGAUAUCAGUAUGGAUUUGCCUUGGCCCAAAUUCAUGGAUUUCUUGCUGUGAAAAUUUACAGCUUCUCAACAAGGUAAGGAGAAACCCCUCAGAUUUGAGCCAUAGGUGUACAUAAACUCUUCCUUUUUAAUGGCCAUAUGCGAUACGAAUUGAAAUUAGUCGGGCCAAUAGUUUCAAAUACCAUAUUAUUAUUAGAAAAAGUCGUGUAGUACUCAUUUCUCACUCUUUGCAGUGUACAAGAAAAUAAAGUAAAAGCUUAUCCGCACCCAAAGUUUAUACCAAACUUUACUACGAUUAAAUCCGAAAUUAAAGUUAUAAUGUAGUAUAAGUUUUACCAGAAAUAGAGGCUCCAGUUUCUUUCCUGGAUUAUUUGCAUAUACUGUUUGGCUGACCGAACACAACUAAUAUUAUCUUAUCGUUAUGGUCAUCUUUCAUAAAUUCAAUGAAUUGUCAAGCAACCAAACCAGAAAAGGACAUGAUUUUAAAUUUUAUUCUAGUUUUGAGAUUUCAAUUUAUUGUAAGUUACGACCGCGACUAUAU